AUGGAAAAGAUCCAUGUAUCCUUUGACCUCGUCAGCGGGCGAAACCCAGGCUACUGCUUCGUCGACUUUCCCGACCGCGACGCUGACGACCUCGCCCUUGGCUCCUUGAGCGCAACCAUCGGCGGACGGCGUAUCAAGGUCAACUGCCAUGGCGACACGAAGGCCAUUGAACAGGCUCCCCACGGCGCCAUGAAUCAUUUUGAAGAUAUGCGAGAAGGCUCCGAGGGGCGAAGGCUCUAUGUUGGUGGGCUGGGUAAGAUGAUUGACCAACCUCAACACAUCCGAGACAUCAUGGACCUCUUCUCCGACUACCCGCCGCAUGUGGAAAUCCUUUCAUCCUCCAGCUGCAUCGUGCCCCGAAUGAUCACCAUGGAGCAGGCGACCGCAGCCAUGACAGCCUUGGACGGCAGGGUCGUUACCGGUGGCAAGCUCAAGGUAGAACGAGCGGACAGCCUACCAAACAAGCUGAUAAAACACCAGGCCCGAUGUCAACCUACAUUCCCCCACCAUCCAUACUUCCCUGAGUUCCUUACGCUGGACAAGUCAUUUGAAAACACAGUCAUGAGUGGUAAAACCAAUUGGACAAUCACCCACGAGCCCUGCGAUCUCUCACCAUUUCACCAAGAUGUGGUUAUCCAGGUGGCUUCAAGCUGCGUGAUAACAAUCGUCUUCGUCUCUGACUCACAUCCAGCAACAGGGCUUGGUGAUUGCCUUAGCGUCAAGAGCAACCAUGUUACCAUUCUUACGCUCGCUUGGGCAUAUAUUCUCUCAGCUAGAUGGGCGGAACUCAUUCCUGGAGCACGCUUGCCUACUUACAACCACCACCAGGACCAGUCAAACGCCGCAAAUAAGUUGAGACGGCUAGAAGACGACAGUUCUCCUGUUGUGGUGGAUGUGGGGGAUGUGGAUGAAGAUGCUGCUUGGUGGUGGACAGUCGUCCUGUCAACAGAAGAUGGUUGGAAGGCCUCAAUGAAGAGCAACACUGGUUUCCACAUCUACGCACUAUGGGCUAUUAGAAUCCAGUCAGAGCUGAGCAGCCCUCGCAGCGGCUUCGGUGGCAAAACCGAACAACAAAAAAAUGAAACUGCUCAUUCCGCGACCGCCGCGCAAGGCACCAACUCGGCAGCAGAGAAAACAGGCGAUUUCGGCUUGGGACGGGAACUCUGCCAAUUAGAUCGACUACUCACGCUGAGCCGCAACACACGAGGGGUAAAGGGCCUUUUGAAUAGCGUCUUUUUCAAUCCGGUCGUAGCCUGUAAUGCCUGUGGCGCUUUGGCACAGGCCAGGGACCCCCGGCUCCGCUUGCGUACGUCGAUAAACAGAGAUCCGGGCUUGGGUUUCUCUGGCUUGGUGCCUUCAUCGCGGGCGCCGAAGCGCGCUGUCUCCGAGAAGCUCGCGCGGGGUGGUAGAAAGUCGAUCUUAGCGCUGCUACCUGGACCAGAACACAUAUUCUCACGGAAACGACCACGUAUUGGGUUUGUCAGCUACGAGGUCAUAUUCCCUGUAACUAAGUUCGCACCUGCUGGGGCAUUCAGUCUGGUGUUCAAGCGUAUAUGGGCAUGA